AUUUUGUAGUCAACCCAUGAGAACUGAACAAAAUGGCGGCCAGCUUGUGUUGUAAAUGAGGCAUAAAUUUAAUGUCUUUUUGCGUUGAAACUAUUUACUAAAUCACAGAUGCUCGUAUCGCUGGCAAUUCUUCGCAUUGAAGUUAAUGAUGAUUAUCUGGUGCCUUCAUCCUUCAGAUAUAAAGCACCAUAUUACAAAAUGCCUGUAGAAAAAGAAGGGACUAAAAGUCAUAUUACUUUUGCUGCUGCUCUUUCAAUUGGUACCAAGCAUGAAUUGUCUGGUUCUGCAAGAGAGAUAAUUGAUAAAACCCGUGGUUGUCGAGCUGAUAGUGAAAUUUCUAUUGAAACAUACAGCAAUGAAGGGAAUUCUAAAACAGAACGUGAUACAUCAAAGAAAACCUCAGAUACCUCACAUUUUAAAAACUCCAAAAUAACCCAUGAAGCUAAUGUGAUAAGUUAUGGGAAAAAAUUUCCUGGUGAUGAUGAUGAUGAUGAUGAUGAUGAACAUUCUGAAAAAAGCAGCUCCCAAGAGAGUAGCAAAGUAGCUUCUAAUUCUCGGGAUCCUUCAUGUAGUAGUGGAGAAACUAUGCAUUAUAAUUCGAAUAAUUUCACCACUAGACAUAAGAAUCCUAACAGUUCUUCUAUUCACUUUUUCUCUGGAAACCCAAUGGUUGAAGUGACCAAAGGAAUUUUACAUAUAUAUAAAGAUAAUCAGAUGGUAUUAUUGAAGGAAGAUCUUCCACGCAGUGAAAUGAUCUGUAUGCUUGGUGUGUCAGCAAGUUAUACAAUACAUGAUCUUUUACGAUUCACUGCUUCAGUGAGUGCUGGUGUAGAAAGUAUGCGAAUCAUUAGGGAUUCUACUCCUAAUCAGUAUAUGGUUCUGGUUAAGUUCAAAACUCAGGAAUUGGCUGAUGAAUUUUAUUCAGCAUUUAACAACACUCAGUUCAAUUCAAUUGAAUCAGAUAUUUGUCAUUUGGUGUAUAUAGCUAAAAUUGAAACAAUGAAAUCUUCUGAGGGUGCUGGAUUACCAAUUCCUGGUUUAACAGAACUACCUAACUGCCCAGUGUGUUUGGAGAGAAUGGAUGAAUCUGUUGAGGGAAUUCUGACUAUUUUGUGCAAUCAUGCCUUUCAUGUGACUUGCCUUGCCCAAUGGGGCUAUACAAGUUGCCCAGUUUGUCGCUAUUGCCAAACACCUGAAGAAGUUCCAGAUAACAGAUGCUUAGAAUGUGGCUCUCAAGAGAGUCUGUGGAUCUGCUUGAUUUGUGGUCAUGUUGGCUGUGGUCGGUAUGUUGGUAGACAUGCUUAUAGACAUUUCCAAGAAACACAGCAUACUUAUGCCAUGCAAUUGGGCAACAACAAAGUAUGGGAUUAUGCUGGUGAUAAUUAUGUACAUAGGCUUGUACAGAACAAAACUGAUGGCAAACUUGUCGAAGUAGAUGAAAGAGGAAAUGCUGUAUAUGAAAAAUUAGAUGCUCUUACUUUAGAAUACACAUAUUUAUUAACAAGUCAGUUAGAAUCACAGAGAUUAUAUUUUGAAGAAAAAAUUGCAAGAGUUGAGCAGGAUGCACUUCUACAGGUGAAAGCAGGAGAGAGCAGGCAUAAACAGAUGGUUGACGAACACAAUCGUAUGGAAGAAGCUUUGGAACGUGUUAACCGACAGAAAAAUCAGACUGAAAAGAAAUGUACUCAGUAUCACAGUCAGUUAUCAAAAGUGAUGAGGGAGCUGCAAGAAGAACGUGCAAUGAAUAAAUCACUCCAAGAAAACCAAAGUGUUUGGCAAGAAAAAGUUGCUAAACUUGAAAUCAGAGUAAAGGAAAUCAAUGAUACUAAAAGCCAAGAAAUUCAGGAGUUACAAGAGCAGUUGCGUGAUAUGAUGUUCCAUUUAGAAGCACAACAAAAGCUUACUCGACAAGAAGGGCUUGAGGAAAUAUCUCAAGAAGAAAUACAAGGAGGACAGGUAAUUGUUGGUGCUUCUAGGACCACUAAUUCUGUUUUAGGAAAUUCUCGUCGCAGCAGACAAAGAAAGCAUUGAUAUUAAAAUUGUCAAUUUGCAUUCACUAUCAAAAAACGAAUCCACUGUAUAUUGAAAAUUAAAAAUUUUAUCUAUAUAUUCCAAUACAAACAAUUUAAUGUUGUCCAUUAUAAUUUCAUUUUUAAAUAUUAUUGGAAAAUAUCUUGCAAAGCUUUGUAGCUAAGUUUAUUAUAAUGUAUUAAAAGAUUAAAAUAUCAAUAAAAUAAUGACUUCA